AGUGUGUGAGUGUUGGCUGGCUGGCUGGCUAACUGGGGGUGUCAGAUCAGAGGACAGAAAGGGUUUUAUAUUUAGCUGUAGCGGCAGCAGCACUUCAGCCCUGCUAGAGAGCUCUACAACCCAACUGUCUAUGUGUGCUGUUUAAGUACCUCUGGGAAGUAUACACUGUUUUGAAGAGCGUGUAUGAGAGUGUGUGUGUGUUGUAGAAGGACAGAGCCUGAGGAGAUGCACACACCCCGUCCAGACCAGCGUGUGAGUAUUUGUGGGAACAAGCGGUGCAGCGUCUGACGGAACCGGAGAAGAGAGGUCUGGAUCGACAGAUUCACACGCUCCACCGGGCACUAGGCAGCGGACAGCCGGUUUGCUGACUUUCUGAUUGUUGACACAUUUUCUCAGAGCCAUCAUAUAACUCUUUCUCUCUCUCUCGCUCGCUCACUACUCCCCCCCUCGUCUCUGUGUGAUAGUGUUGAACUAGCCUGAUCUGGUCUGGUUGGUAACACAGUAAGGUAAUGAUGUGUGAGGUGCAGUCGGUGGACAGAGUCAGACCCACACGACUCCCCAGGCGACAGGUGCACUGAGACACUAGCUCAGCUCCAAUCCUCAGGAGGAGAGGAAAACAGAGGAAGAGAGAGACAGACUCCGCUUUCAUCCCUGGGGCCAUGGACACGGCUGGUCAGAGUGCACCGGCGACUGAAGCAGGGGGAGAGGGUCGAGGAGGAGGGGGGGAGAGUCGCGAGGGGGUGUUUGUCGGGUCUGUGGACCGGGAGAAUGUGUCCAGCCCAAGCCCCUCCACCAAGCAGCGCUCCCUGAGGGCAGUCUAUGUGCUGAACGAUGGGCUGAAGGCAGUGCUGGCGACCAGCCCCGAGUCGGGGGCGCUCCAGUGUCUGCAGAGAGCCUGUGAUGCAGAGAGCGCUCUGCUGACCACCGUCACCUUCGGACGGCUGGACUUUGGAGAGACCUCGGUGCUGGACACCUUCUACGAUGCAGACAUAGCCGUAGUUGAUAUGAGUGACGUGUUCCGUCAGCCGUCGUUGUUUUACCAUCUGGGUGUCAGAGAGAGCUUCGACAUGGCCAACAAUGUCAUCCUGUACCAUGACACUGACCCCGACACCGCUCUGUCACUGAAGGACAUGGUGGCACAGAAAAACACUGCGUCCAGUGGUAACUACUACUUCAUCCCCUAUGUGCUGACUCCUAACCAUGAGUAUAUGUGUUGUGAGAGCGAUGCCCAGAGGAGGGCCAGUGAAUACAUGCAGCCCAGCUGGGACAGCCUGCUGAGUCCUCUCUGUCUGCCACUCACCGACCGGUUCACCUCACUGCUCAAGGACAUCCACGUCACCUCCUGUGCCUCAUUUAAGGACACUCUGCUGAAUGACAUCCGGAAGGCCCGUGAUAAGUACCAGGGGGAGGAGCUAGCCAAGGAGCUGUCUCGUAUCAAACUCCGCAUCGACAACACAGAGGUCCUAACACAGGACAUCGUCAUGAACCUGCUGUUCUCAUACAGAGACAUACAGGACUAUGAUGCCAUGGUGAAACUGGUGCAGACUCUGGAGAUGCUGCCUACCUGUGACCUGGCCACACAGCCCAUGAUACAGUUCCACUACGCUUUCGCUCUCAACAGGAGGAACAGCCCGGGGGACAGAGAGCAGGCUCUAGGUGUGAUGUUACAGGUGUUACGGUCAUGUGACCACCCGGCUCCAGACAUGUUCUGCCUGUGUGGACGGAUCUACAAGGACAUCUUUCUGGAUUCUGACUGUAAAGACACCAAGAACAGAGACAACGCCAUCCAGUGGUACAGGAAAGGUUUUGAGCUCCAGCCAACUCUCUACUCUGGUAUCAAUCUGGCUAUUCUGCUCAUUGUUGCUGGACAACAGUUUGAGAGUUCCAUCGAGCUGAGGAAGAUAGGUGUAAGGUUAAACAGUCUCCUGGGUCGUAAGGGCUCGUUAGAGAAGAUGAAUAACUACUGGGAUGUCGGUCAGUUCUUCACCGUUAGCAUGUUGGCUAACGACAUCCCUAAAGCUACGCAGGCCGCAGAGAAACUCUUCAAACUCAAACCACCCAUCUGGUACUUGCGGUCUGUGGUUCAGAACCUGCAGUUGAUCCAGAGAUUUAAGAAGACAACAGUAGAACACUCUCCCCAGAGAGAGAGGCUCAACUUCUGGAUGGACAUAAUCGUAGAGGCCACUAGAGGAAAAAGCAACGGACUGCGCUUCCCGGUGUUGAUCCUAGAGCCUACUAAGGUCUACCAGCCCUCAUAUGUUUCCAUCAACAGCGAGGCGGAGGAGAAGAACGUCUCCAUCUGGCACGUCUCCCCUGCUGAAACGAAAGGGAUCCAUGAGUGGAACUUCACUGCAACAUCCAUCAAAGGAAUCAGUAUCUCUAAGUUUGAUGAGCGCUGUUGUUUCCUGUAUGUUCACGACAACUCAGAUGACUUCCAGAUCUACUUCUCUACUGAAGACCAGUGUGGCCGGUUCUGUUCCAUGGUGAAGGAGAUGAUUUCUGAUGGAACAGGAAAUGCAGUGGAGCUGGAGGGAGAUGGAGACGGAGACACACUAGAGUACGAGUAUGACAUUAACGAGAAGGCGGACCGUGUGGUGCUGGGCCGAGGGACCUAUGGAGUGGUGUACGCUGGCAGAGACAUGAGCAACCAGGUCCGCAUCGCCAUUAAAGAGAUACCAGAGAGAGACAGCAGGUACUCCCAACCCCUUCAUGAGGAGAUAGCGCUGCAUAAGUACCUGAAGCACAGGAACAUUGUUCAGUACCUGGGCUCAGUCUCAGAGGACGGAUACAUCAAGAUCUUCAUGGAGCAAGUCCCUGGAGGCAGUCUGUCAGCGUUGCUGCGGUCAAAGUGGGGUCCGUUGAAGGAGGCAACCAUCAUCUUUUACACACGACAGAUCCUGGAGGGACUCCGUUAUCUCCACGAGAACCAGAUAGUACACCGUGACAUCAAGGGGGAUAAUGUAUUAGUCAAUACCUACAGUGGAGUUCUGAAGAUAUCAGACUUUGGGACAUCCAAAAGGCUUGCGGGGGUCAACCCCUGCACCGAGACCUUCACUGGCACCCUGCAGUACAUGGCUCCAGAGAUCAUAGACAAGGGUCCUCGGGGUUACGGGGCUCCAGCUGACAUCUGGUCUCUGGGCUGCACCAUCAUAGAGAUGGCUACUGGGAAACCCCCCUUCCACGAGCUGGGAGAGCCUCAGGCUGCUAUGUUUAAGGUGGGGAUGUUUAAGAUCCACCCAGAGAUCCCAGAGUCGUUGUCGUUGGAGGCCAAGUCGUUUAUCCUGCGUUGUUUUGAGCCUGACCCUAAUAAGAGGGCUACCGCCUCAGACCUGCUCAAAGAUAUCUUCGUACGACACAAUGUCAAGGGAAAGAAGAGCAAGAUCGCCUUCAAGCCAUCAGACUACAUCCGCAGUGUGUCGCUGCCAGUGCAGUUACAGUGUGAGGCCACCGGGAGCAGCAGCAGCGAGCCUGGCUCAGUGAGUCCAGACUGCGACUCCAAACAGGAUGUCUUCUUUCAGAAGAACAAACAAUCAGGGUCAGAGAACCUGCUCAAACCACCUAGCAACAACUACCUAAGUGUACCGGAUGAGGGGUCAGUGUCAGAGGACCGUAGCUCUCCUGCGUCUCUAGAAGACAGAGAUGGAGGGCUAUUCCUGCUGAAGAAGGACAGCGAGAGGAGAGCCAUCCUCUACAAGGUCCUAAACGAGGACCAGGACAAAGUAAUCUCCAACCUCCUGGAGAACCACAUACAGGGCAGUGAGGAGUUGCAGCUCUCCGUGGACCACAUUAAACAGAUCAUCUGUAUCCUGAGAGAUUUCAUCCACUCCCCGGAGCGACGCGUCAUGGCAACAACCAUCUCCAAACUCAAACUGGACCUAGACUUCGACUCCACAUCCAUCAACCAGAUACAACUGGUUCUUUUCGGCUUCCAGGAUUCAGUGAACAAGGUCCUGAGGAACCAUCAUAUUAAACCUCACUGGAUGUUUGCUAUGGACAACAUCAUCAGACGAGCAGUACAGGCUGCAGUCACCAUCCUAAUACCAGAGCUCCAGACCCACUUCGGCCCGGCCUCGGAGAGCGAGGGACCAGAUAAGGAGGAGGAGGAAGAGGAGGAGGAGGCAGAGUUUGGCCCUGUAUUGGUCACGCCUCCAGACGACCCUGCUGUGACCCCCGAACCCGUGGUGACCUCAGCAGUCAGUACGCUCAGCUCCGCCCUCUCCUCCCCGCCUCCGCCUCAGCGCUCACAGCCUCUUGGAGCCCAGUUGGGCCGGCUCAAACAGGAGACCAACCGGUUGUUGGAGGAACUGCUGCACAGGGAGAGAGAGUACCAGCAGGUCCUGAAGACAACACUACAGCAAAGACAACAUGACCUAGAGCUGGUCAGGGUCAGAUACAGACCCCUAGACAUUCCUCCUCCCUCUAUCUUCCAAGUCCCAGUUGACCACGAGCCUGAUAAGCAGCUCACUGAUUGGCUGAAAGACCAGAGUGCGGAUGCAGACACCAUAGACAAGUUUGUAAUGGAGGAGUACACGCUGAGCGAUGUCCUUAACGAUGUCACUAAGGAGGACCUGCGCUACCUACGCCUACGGGGUGGGGUGCUAUGUCGUAUAUGGCGAGGUAUCCAGAGGCACAGAGAGCGAGAGAGGCUGACAAGGGAUGACUCCAAAGAUGACGGAUGAUGGGAUACAUGAACUACGACUGCCUUAACACACGCACACACAGAAAUAAAAUGAAUAGAACGAGCGUCCCCAUUCAAGUCAAUGAUGGCCUAAUGGUUGGGCAGGCAGCCAUUGCAAGUGUACCCAUAGGGGCAAAGCAGAACGUGAAAGCUGGAAGUGUACCCAUCAAUCUGUGUUGUGAUUUGUUGAAUCAACUCAACUGACAUAACAAAAAAAUACAUUCCAUGAGCCACAUCAGUUAGCAUCAUUUGAAUGAACAUUCUAUACUACCAUGGGAAUUAUUGCAUCACAAUACCAGGUAGCCAUUGCAAGUGUACCCAUUAUUACCAGUCAAAUUGCCUAAGUUAGAGGUUGCAAACCCAUUCUAUUCAUUCUAUUUCUAUGCAUACACACACGCACACACCGACCAAACUGUUGUGUGUAUGUGUUUGAUUGAGUGUGUGAUUGAGUGUGUGUGUGUGUGUGUGUGUUAUGUACACCCCACGGGCUUCUUAGGUUUCGUCCCAUGCCAAAUUCUGCCUGCUCAUUGGUCCUGUAUUGCACCAGGAAGUUUGUGGCCCUAGCCAAGAGAGGCAGUGGGCAUUUAGUUACACACACAACCAGUCUGUAAUGUAGUGUUUAUUUUUUGGUCUCUCUAAUUCUGUAUAGUGAGGUGUAUAGUAUAGAGGUCUAUAGUGUAGAACUGUGUUUGUAGUUAGCACAGGUCUGUGGCUUUUCAUGUUUUAGUCCAGCUGUGUUCAUGUUUCAGAUGUCUUCAUGUGAUUUCAAUGUGUUACUUUAAAGGUGCAAUAUGCAAGAUUUACAGCUGUUCCAAGGUCAUUUCAAUAAAUUAUAUAUACUCAUU